CGGCAUAUUUCCCCCACAUUAUCGAAAAAUUUCCCUCUCUUUCUUUCUCCUCGUUAAGCUUGUUAAACUUUAUCAGGGUUGGCGAUUCUAUUUGUGCAUUUUUCUUCACUAGAAGAGUGUUUGAUAUCAUUCUCUUCACUAGAAGAGUGUUGGGGUGGUAUCGUUCUCUUUACUAUUAGAAAAGUGUUCGAGUGGUAUCAUUCAACCAACCCUGACUUACAAAAAGCCGUUUUUUCCAUUUACUUGGAUAAAAAAAAACAGAAAUGCCAGAACCAACAGUCUAUGCAGCUUCAGAUCUUGUAUACAUUUUCAUCGAUUACUCUAACGUCGUUCAUGAGGGUUCGCGUGAAUGUAGUUUUCCAAACGAGUCUUUUAAUGUGGAUCUUAAUCGACUUGUCACAACAGUUUGUAAUGAAAGAAAACUGGGUGGGGUUUUCAUUGCUGGUUCUACUCCAACACCAGCUAAAGAUGAAUUGGCAUGGCGACGAGCUGAACACCAUCAUGGGUUCAAUGUUGAAAUUUUUCCACGAAACGCUUUUAACAAAGAGGAAGGAGUUGAUGUACAUCUUGCUUGCGAAAUAAAGACGGUCAUGUUUACCAAGAUUCCAGGCACAUUAAUACUAAUUACCGGCGAUUCGGAUUUUUCUGAACCAGUAAACCAGGCCAAAGAGAAGAAAUGGGGAGUCGAAAUAUGGUCUUGGCCUAAAGAAUGGCUAAAACCUUUAAAAGCUUUCCUUAU